AAAAUUCCGAAAUGGGCUUGUGGUAUUCUAGUUUGCAUUUGAAUCAAAAUAUCUGGGCUUCUGAUCUAACAAGAGAUGGGAUUCCACGUGGUACUUUAGUGUCCCAUUCCACUAAUCUUAUGGGAAGCUGGAGUUCCGCUGGGAUCCGGAGAACCACUGCGCCACUAGAACGUCUGAUUCUAGCUAACUUCUAGAGCCUGGAACCCUCGCGCCGUCUUUUUUUCCCUCGGUAGAAGAGAAAGCAGGGCCAGCUAAGGGCGAGUGGGGCAGGGUCACAUUGUGGCCCCGCGUCGUAAUGGACUCCAGGAGGAGGAGGGACCCCGUGUCCCCCAUUGUGACGCGCGCUCAAUUUCACUGUGCUGCGCAAGGCGCUGCGUGAGCAGCGGGCAGGCCACUUCGGCCAUGAAGCGGCAACAGCAGCGGCGUCGGCCGCGGCGGGGGACGGGCCAGUGUCUUGGGGCGGAGAGCAGGUGGCGCGUCUACCCGAGCGACCGAGGCGCGCCCAGCACCAACAAGGGCCGGAAGAAGCCGCCCGUCGUGUCCUGCUGCAGUCUGUCGGGCAGCGAGACCCAGCAAGAGAUGACGCGCCGGCGAAUCAGCCCCGGCCGGUUCUCUCCGCCGCAGUGCUUCCCGGACCCGGCUUACAGCUCGGAGCCCGAAGCGGCGGGAGGCGAGGGCUGCCUUGGGCGCCUCCAGCUGGCGCAAAUGUACCGCGACGAAGGCGGAAUGCUGUUGCCGCGCAAAGGCAAGUACAGGGGCGCUUCGCUCCCGCACGCUAAGGCUCCAGCCAUCGCCACCGCCGCUUCGGCCCGCCUGCGCCGCCCCACCUUGCCGCAGCAGCAUCAUUACCUCGCUCCGGCCGGCGAGGGCUGCGCUACUCCUUGCACCACUUCUUGUACCACCCUCUACGGCGGAGAUUUCCAGCCCCACCACGAGCUGCCCGGCCGCUCCCCGGCAGGCCGGUGCACCCGGGUGGAGGAGCUGCUCCGGGACGACCAAUGGGCCAGUCCUGUGACUAGAGCUCUGGAAUAUGGAACCGACUUUCCCACCGACGUCAGCAAGCCACCGUCAGUCUGCCCGUCUUCUUUUUCCUUCACUCAGAUGGACAACAAAGCUUCUCCCAAGCUUGAGAAGAAGGAAACCAAAAGAAGGGAUUGGCAGGAGCCCUGCGAAAGCAGCCCCAGCUUGGUAGACCUGAUGCAUUCCUUGAGACAGUAUGAGGAGGAAGACCCAAUGGCUUAUUUGCCCCCUAACAACAAUUCACAUCAUCACCGUCACCACAGUCACCACAAGAGCAAGAAGGGAGACCCUCAGAUCAGCCUCCAGGAUCUGACUGAGAAGAGAUACGAGGAGAUGAUUCCAGAAAGGGACAAAAAGCUUGCUGCUCUGAUGUUAGCUAGGCAUCAGGAGGAGGAAGAGAUGAAGGACAGGCAGCUCCAGGUCUCUGAGGCCUGGGAAAAGAUGAGGCGGAAGGAGAAGAAGCACAAAGCGAAGUUGGAAAAGGAGAGGCAAUACCAGCUGGCAGACAAUAUGGACCAAUGGCAGAGGGACCGGGAUCAAAGAAAAGCCAAGGUUAAGUUAGACGAAGAGCAAUUAAUGGCCGCUAGGGAGAGGGAUAUAUUGUUGCGUGACAAGAAGUGGAAGAAGCUAGCUAAAGAGCAGGAGUGUAGACGUAGAGAGAAAUUUGAAAAUGCCAGGCUUCAGGCUGAGUAUAGGAAACGUUGCCAAGAAAAGCAACUCUGGGAUAAACGGAUGAUGGACCGAAAUGUCAAAGAUCAGAACUCUCAUGCAUGCAAAGAGAAGAUGCUGCAGGCCCUGGAGAAGAGGCUUAUAAAGGAAAUGGAAAGGAAGAAGAGAAAAGUAGACCUGAAUGACUAUAAGAAACUCAAGCCCAUGCAAAUGAAAGACCCAGUCGAGGACAAGCUGAAAGCUGAUGAGUUGUACAAGAGGCUUUGCAUUGAACAAAAGCUUCAGAGGUCUCAGGAAAUCCUUGAGCAGCUGCUUGAAGAAAGGAAUAGAGAACUGAAAGAAAAGUCAUACAAGGAUGAAGAGCAAGGCCUAGUGGCGAAGGCUAGAGCUAAAGAGACGGAGGAGGAAAAGAGAAGGCGCAAGGAGAUGUUGUUGCAAAUAGCUGAGAUGAAGAUACAGCAGGCCAGGGAAAUCAUGACCAAAAAUAUGCAAGACAGAGCACAACAUAUAAAAGAAAUUAAUAGUGCCAAGGAAAGGAAUCACCAUUGCCGUAAACAGAAGCUCGAGUAUGAUGAAAAAUGCCACCUGCGGGAAUUGCAAGAGGCUUUAAGAAGAAAAGAUCUGAAAAGCAAUCAGCUUCUAAGGUACAAGGACGCAGCUGUUGAAGACUCUAGGAGAAUAGCCAGAGCCUCCUAUGGCCUUAGAGACAAAAUGAGAGAUCUGAUAAACCACAAUACAUUUGAUCCAAUGGCUUUAGAUGCCCACCGAAAUGCAAAUUGCCCCAGAGGCCUGUAGUGAAGUUUAAGGAAACAAACUGUCUUCUAACCAGAGUAGAUGGUUGUAAUGCAUUCAUUUUGCAGAACUUUGCAUUGCUGUACACUAAAGUGAUUUCAGCCUUAAUUACUGUUUGACUGAUAAGUACUGUGGUUUAAAGGAAUUUACAAUAUACACUAAAGAGCUCUGGUGUGCAUUUGUAAUGUUAUUGUGAACAGGAAAUACUGACCUUUAUCCACAUAGCUGCUAUGAACAACUUAGUGCGACACAGAAUUUAGCAAUGACUUAAUGCAGGGGUAGGCAACCUUGGCUCUUUUAUAACUCGUGGACUUCAACUCCCAGAAUUCCUGAGCCCAUAAAAGAGCCAAGGUUACCUACCCUGACUUAAUGCAACACAUUUUGAUUGAAUAUUCCUGUAACAAUGAUUUUUAAAAUCAUAUUUUACCCCUGACUUAAUGCAACACAUUUUGAUUGAAUAUUCCUGUAACAAUGAUUUUUAAAAUCAUAUUUUACCCCUGACUUAAUGUAACACAUUUUGAUUGAAUAUUCCUGUAACAAUGAUUUUUAAAAUCAUAUUUUACCAUGGACAGUUGGAGUUAAAAAUUAAUGUUUUACCAAAUGUGACAUUUAAAACAUUUCAGUUUAAAGUAUACAUUGGCCAAUCAAGUAUUAAUACAGGCUGUCCUCGACUUAUGACCACAAUUGAGCCUCAAAUUUCUGCUGCUAAUACGACAGUUGUUAAGUGAGUCAUUCUGCAUUUCAUGACCUGUUUUGCCAUGAUUGUUGAGCAAAUUACUACAGUUGUUAAGGGAAUCAUGUGGUUAAGCAAAUCUGGUUUUUCCCCCCAUUGGUUUUGCUGAUCAGCUGUUCACCAGAAAGGUUGCAAUGAGAAUCUCGGGACCCCAAAAAUGCUGCAACCAUCGUAAAUACAUACCUGUUGAGAAGCACCCCAAUUUUGAUCAUUGACUGAAGGGAUGCUGCCUCGGUCAUAAGUGUGAGAACUGGUCAUGAGUCACUUUUUUCAGUGGCAUUGUAACUUUGAACAGUCAUUAAAGGAAUGGUUGUAAGCUGAGGACUACCUGUACUAGUAUUUUAAUGAAAAACAUCUAGUAAUACAUUUCAAACCAUUAUUUUUGUACGUCUAAAUCAGUGUUUCUCAACC